UUCCACACUCAUCCCCUCUGAAUGCUUCAUCGGCGACGCUAUCAGCCUUGCAUCGCCGUCUCACAAACCUCCAUUGCACUCAACUUCCAUCGGCCUUGCUCGCAUCGCUCCCUUCCGUCGCACCCCUUCCCGGUUCUUCUUCGUCGCACCCCUUCCAUCGGCCUUGCUCGCAUCGCUCCCUUUCAAACCCUAAUGUGCGUUUCUCUCUUCGAUCUCGCCACUAGUGCUUGCUCUUUUCCGUGUGUUGCUGUGUUUCUCUCUUCGAUCUUGCCUCAGCUGUGCAGGGCAUAUGAUCGAGCUGCGAUCAAGUUCCGUGGCAUUGAUGCAGAUAUCAAUUUCAACGUCAGCGAUUAUGAUGAAGAUAUAAAGCAGUCACAGCACUGCGGAAAGAAUUUUUCAAGGAUGAAACAUUCCCGGGUUGAUACUUCUCAUGCACUGAGAUCCUCUCCAUGGUUUAGAUUUCCUUAUCCACUACAAUGGGGUACACCUGUCUUCCACUGGAAAAUGGCUCUUGUGAUGUGUGUGGUUUCUGUAAUCUCACCUAUGGAUUCGGUUGGAUCAUACCAUGCCUCUUCUUUACUGGUGGCAUCCUGACCUCCAACUCCUGGAGUUCUAAGUCAAGGAAUUGGUUUGGAAGGUCUUACAAGUGUCUUGGCUGGUCUCUGGGGAACUGGAACUGGGUCGACAACUAUAACUGAAAAUGUCCACACAAUUGCUGUGACUAAAAUGGGAAGCCGCAGGGCAGUUCAACUGGGAGCUUGCUUUUUAAUAGUGUUGUCUCUUGUGGAGCAUGCAAGCAUGCAAGCAUCUCUCUUAAAUGGAACUGCAUAUGCUCAGUCCAAUGCAAACAAAUCAAAGAAGAAGAACUAGAUAAACAAAUACUUUCAAGUUUCAGCCACACAAGAGUCUACCAUGGAGUGAAGAAUCAUGUAACUCAGAUUAGAUUGGAGAGUUUAAACUUUAAAGAGAGCAUGAGGAAAUAGUUUUAAAAUUUAGGCUGAAAGUCCUGCCCUUCUCUGUUGCAGUUUAAAAGAAAUUUUGGGGUAUCUUUUUAUUGAGACAGUGAGAUAUUGAAUAAUGGUGUUGAAAAAUAACAUCCAAUUUUAUAGGU